CUUCCCACCAUUACAUAAACUUUCGUGUUUAUUUAUGUCCGGAGUGAUAUCAUACGUUUCGGAGUUUCAGUUUGGUUUGAUUGAAGUUUCGAUGAUUUCAUUUCAUUCCGAUUACUCAUUAAUGUUUUUUAUUUCAAAAUUUAUUGUAAUUAUCGAGCGAACUAUUGCCAUACACUCGGAGAGGAAAUUUACCGAUGGCAUCUGAAGACAAAACGCUACGGUUUGCUCCUUUUUCGUCCUUCGUCAACAGCAGUUUUUGGUUUAAAUUUGCCGAUGUAAAAUUGGAAGAUGAUAGAUUAAACGAAGUUACAAGGCAUAUUUGGGGUUACUAUUCGCAAAGUGAGAAAACCAACGCUGUUCUGAUCGACUGCACGUCAUUCAAUAAGAGUUACGACGUAUGUUUUUCAAGAUGUUACUGCCACGGUUACCACAUUAAUAAAAAUACGGCGGAAGGAUUUAAAAAUUAUGACAAAUCUAAAUUAAUCAAAGAGUAUGGCAGUUCCAUUAUUCGAAGUAUACAAAACGGCGAAGCUGUCAAAGAUCCAUCAUUGCUCGUAACAUUCGUUUUGUUGACAUACUGCGAUUUGAAAAAGUACGUUUUCACGUACUGGUUUGCAUUUCCUGCCUUAUUGCAGUCGCAGUUUUACCUUGGCGAAACUCCUGUGAAACUGGAUGCUAUUUUAUCAUCGGAGCAAGUAAAAUGCGUCGUCGUUGAAUUAAGUCACCUGCAUUCUGAACUACCUCUGAAUCAAAAAGGAUUUUUUUGCUUCUGUCGGAAAUCUCAAAACAUUUCAAUUUUCUCGCUAAAUGAUUUCAUUAGUAAUUUAGAACGGAAUGUAAAUGAAUUCAACGUGAAGGAUGACGUAUUUUGGGCAUUUUUGGACCCUUGUUUGUUGGACGAAGUGCCAGGUUGGCCAUUGCGUAAUUAUCUUAUACUUUUAAAACACUACUGUGCCGAUGCGUUUCGUAAUGAAUUUAAAAUAGUAUCGCUUCGAGGCGAAGCUUCCGAAUGGCUCGACCGCAGUUAUAUAUUCAGUGUUCGCAGUUCUGAAAAUGUGAGUUUAGAUCUGAAUAACUAUGACGAAUUUAUUGGUUGGCAAAAGAAUGAUAAAGGUAAAUUGCACCCUAAGCAGAUCAAUCUCAGCGAUGAUAUGGAUCCGAAAAGACUAUCUAGUCGCGCUGUCACCUUAAACUUGAAAUUAGUCAAAUGGAGGCUUCAACCAGAUUUGGAUUUAACGAUAAUGGAGAAUACUUCUUGUUUACUGCUGGGAGCUGGAACGUUGGGUUGUUCGGUUGCUCGUGUACUUUUGGCAUGGGGCGUCAAAAAAAUAACAUUUGUCGAUAGCGGUGUAAUUUCUUAUUCUAAUCCAGCUAGACAAUCUUUGUAUACUUUUGAAGACUCUACCAAAGCUUUGCCAAAAGCUGUAGCCGCUGCACGUGCUUUACAACUUAUUCAUCCUGGAAUGGAUGUUACCGGCGAAGUUUUGAGGAUUCCAAUUCCUGGAAAAGAAUCUAGUGACGUGGAUCAUGUUCAUAAAUUGACCGAAUUAAUUCGAAAGCACGAUGCCGUUUUUUUACUGACGGAUUCCAGAGAAAGUCGUUGGUUACCGACUGUUCUAUGUUCAUAUUUUAAUAAGAUCGCUAUUACCAUUGCAUUGGGAUAUGAUUCGUACUUGAUCAUGCGACACGGUAUCAGUGAGCAGAAUUGCGAAGAGAAACUGGGCUGUUAUUUCUGUAAUGAUGUCGUAGCUCCUGGAAAUUCAACAGUUGACAGAACUUUGGAUCAGCAAUGCACAGUAACUAGGCCCGGUUUAUCCGGCAUUGCCUCUUCUUUUGGAGUGGAAUUAUUCGUUGCACUAUUACAACAUCCUAAAAAAGGUUUAGCUCCAGGUAAUAGUGAUUCGUGCUUGGGAAAAAUUCCUCAUUCUAUACGCGGAUUCAUCGCUGAUUACGAAGUCAUGUUACCAUUAACUACCUCUUUUAAUCAAUGUAUCGCCUGUUCAUCGACGAUCAUGAAAGAGUACGAACGUGAAGGAGAGAACUUUCUGCUGAAAGUGUUCGCGGAUCGUAAAUAUUUGGAGCAAAUCACAGCCUUAUCGCAAUAUCAAUUAUUGGACGAUCAACUCGACUUUCCAGAUUCCAGCGAUACCGAUGAAACUUGAAUAUAAUUUGGUUGCGGUUCAGUUCGUAAAUCAACAUUUCAAUUUAAGAGACGGAGGAAUAAUUGAUCGAACUGAGUCAGUGAUUAAGACGCAUGUGGUGACAGCUAGGAGCAAGUGUUUUACGAUCGAUACAAAAUAUUCAACCUUAAAGAAACCGAGCUGCGAAUUGAAUCGUGCUCCGAAAAGAGAUACGAUAAAAAUUUCCGAAAUGAAAAUUAUUUCGAGGAUUUGAAUUUCUAAUUAAAUAUGUAAACUAAAAUCAUGCCAUGUCCAAUAAAGUGGAAGUACAAUUUUUUAAAGAUCCUCAAGAUGCUUAUUUAGGACGAAAACUCUAAAAUAGAUUGUUGCAAUUAUUUUUUCUAUUUUUAUAUCAUGUAUUUUAUUACCAAGUGUAUGAAAAUUGGAAUAUGAAAGCUGUCAAGCUUGUUGUUUUA